GGCUCUUCUGAUUGGCUAGCGAGAUACUGCUCCGUUUAAGGACCGCCUCCUGUCUCGGCGCUGCGGCCAAAUAGCCAAGUUUACAAAGUGAUUCAGCAGCUUGAUCUCCCAGAGAGGAAGCAGAGGCCCAGAGAAAGAUAGAGCAUGGCCCUGAGAGCAUGUGGCUUGAUCAUCUUUCGAAGACACCUUAUUCCCAAGGUGGACAACAGCACAAUUGAGUUUCUGCUGCUGCAGGCAUCAAAUGGCAUUCAUCACUGGACUCCUCCCAAAGGCCAUGUGGACCUUGGAGAGACUGACUUGGAAACAGCCUUGCGAGAGACUCGGGAGGAAACAGGCAUAGAAGCAAGCCAGCUGACCAUCAUUGAGGGAUUCAGAAGGGAGCUCAACUAUGUGGCCUGGAAGAAGCCGAAAACAGUGAUUUACUGGCUGGCAGAGGUGAAAGACUACAAUGUAGAGAUCUGCCUCUCCCAGGAGCAUCAAGCCUACCGCUGGCUGGGACUGGAAGAGGCCUGCCAGUUGGCUCAGUUCAGUGAGAUGAAGGCAACACUCCAAGAAGGACACCAGUUCCUCUGCUCCACACCGGCCUGAGCUGACCAGAACAAAUGCUUCCAUUGCUUCCUUGAGGGUCUCCUGAGAUGAACCCACCCUCCUAUCCAGGGAAGGAUGCACUGGUCUUUGCCUUGCUAUGGCCAAGAGCAGAUAGGUUGGUGGAAGUAAAAUUAAUUUGGCAAUCUUGGGUGAGGGCAAGGAAGCCUCGGAUUCAGUCCCUAGCAUAGACAAUAAUUACUUUCAAAAUAAGAGCAAGCAAGAAUUUUAGCUAAGUUAAACAGCAAAGAAGGGUAAAAAAAUUUAAAUGCCAGCCCUAGUAAGUGUAGCCUUGUAAUUUAUAAAUAAACUUCAAACAGUUUA